UUCAGGAGAAGAGGAGCAAAGUCUCUGGAGUAAUUUGGGGAAGAAUCUGGUGCUUUUUGUUAAAAUGCCCUCUGAAAGGAAGCCGAUGCGUUACGGACACUCGGAGGGACACACCGAGGUCUGCUUCGAUGACACUGGAAAGUUCAUCGUAACCUGCGGAAAUGAUGGAGAUGUUCGGAUAUGGGAAGGUCUGGAUGAUGACGAGCCAAAGUUCAUCACUGUUGGAGAAAAGGCUUACUCUCUGGCUCUCAAGAACGGGAAGCUUGUAACGGCGAGCUCCAACAACACCGUGCAGAUCCACACGUUUCCAGAUGGGGAUCCCGACGGCAUCCUGACCCGGUUCACCACCAACGCCACACACGUCACCUUCAACAGCAGCGGCUCAAGAGUUGCUGCCGGCUCCAGUGACUUCAUGGUUAAGGUGGUGGAAGUGUCGGACAGCAGCCAGCAGAAAACACUCAGAGGUCAUGAAGCACCUGUCCUCAGUGUCGCUUUUGACCCUAAAGAUGACUUCCUGGCGUCGGCCAGCUGUGACGGCUCCGUCGUGGUCUGGAAUAUUGAGGAGCAGACUCAGGUGGUCAGUUGGCCUCUGCUGCAGAAGGCCAAUGACAUCACUAACGCCAAAUCUCUGUGUCGACUGGCCUGGCAGCCCAGGACGGCGAAGUUUUUAGCAGUUCCUGUGGACACUAAGGUACACCUGUAUGAGCGAGGGUCCUGGGAUCAUGUGACCACGCUGUCCGAUGAUCUGCUGACACAGCCGAUCAACGUGGUGGUCUGGUCUCCAUGUGGGCAGUUCCUGGCAGCCAGCUGCAUCGGGGGUUUUAUGGCAGUGUGGGACGUGAACAGUAAACUGUGUGUGGAAAGACAGAAACAUGAGAAGGGCUUCACGGUGUGCAGUCUGGCCUGGCACCCGUCAGGCACUCAGAUCGCCUACACAGACACAGAGGGCUGCCUGGGCCUGCUGGACGGACUCAGCACCUCCACAUCCAGCACCAGCUCCUCCAGCACCAAGGUGGCGGCUAAAAAGCCAGAAAAAGACUACGACGACCUGUUUGACGAUGAUGACGACGACAGACUCAUGGACGACGGACGGAGCGACACCAACUCCCCGCUUAAGAGAGCUGUCGCUAGGGACGACGAAGAUGACGACGAUGAUGAUCUCAUGCCUGCAACAGGGCGGGUUAGGAACAGAGGGGCGAUCCUGGAUGAUGAGAACUCGCUCGACACGGGCUCCCUGAGGCUCGGUCAGGGUUUGUACGGAGAUGACGAUGACGCAGGUAGCAUCAUAGUACCAGCAGCUGCCCCACUUGUGCCCUUGCAUCCCGUCUAUGAGGGACCCCUGCCGACGCCGCCCCAGAAGGCCUUUCAGCCGGGCUCCACCCCUGCUCACCUCACUCACCGCUUCAUGAUGUGGAACUCGGUGGGAAUCGUGCGAGGCUACAACGACGAGCAGGACAACGCCAUCGACGUGGAGUUUCACGACACAGCCGUGCACCACGCCAUGCACCUCACCAACAACCUGAGUCACACCAUCGCUGAUAUUUCCCAGGAGGCCGUGCUGCUGGCCUGCCCCAGCACAGAUGAGCUCACCAGUAAGCUGCAGUGUCUUCACUUCUCAUCGUGGGACACCAACAAGGAGUGGAUGGUGGACCUGCCGAAGAACGAGGAUGCGAGGGCGUUGUGUCUGGGUCAAGGCUGGGCGGCCGUCGCCACCAGCACGAUGAUGCUGAGACUCUUCUCCAUCGGUGGAGUCCAGAAAGAAGUCUUCAGUCUGCCGGGACCCGUCGUCUGCAUGGCUGCACACGGAGAGCAGCUGCUCAUAGUCUACCACCGGGCUACAGGCUUCGAUGGAGAACAGGCUCUCGCAGUCCAGCUGCUGCAGUUUGGUCGAAGGAAGAGACAAACCAUCAACGGUGAACCCCUCCCACUCUCUAAAAAAUCCUACCUGUCCUGGCUCGGAUUUACUGCUGAGGGAACCCCGUGCUACGUGGAUUCAGACGGAGUGGUGCGGAUGUUGAACCGCUCCUUGGGAAACACGUGGACACCAGUGUGCAACACCAGAGAGACCUGCAAGAGCAAAUCGGACCACUACUGGGUGGUGGGAUUGCACGAGAACCCUCAGCAGCUCAGGUGUAUCCCAUGUAAAGGCUCCAGGUACCCCCCCACCCUGCCCAGACCUGCGGUGGCCAUCUUGCCCUUCAAGCUGCCGCUGUGUCAAACCACCACAGAGAAAGGACAGAUGGAGGAGCAGUUCUGGCGUUCGUCCCUCUUCCACAACCACUUCGGCUUCCUGUCGUCCAGCGGUUACGAGAUAGACGAGGACGGACAGACUCAGAUGCAGAAGGAGCAGCAGGAGUUGCUCAUGAAGAUGUUUGCAUUGUCGUGUAAGCUUGAGCGAGAGUUCCGCUGCGUGGAGCUGGCCGAGAUGAUGACCCAAAACGUGGUGACUCUGGCCAUUCGAUACGCCUCCAGGUCCAGACGCAUGGCCCUCGCCCAGCGGCUCAGUGAGAUUGCCUUGGAGAAAGCCAACCAGAUACAGGAGGAAGAGGAGGAAGAGGAGCAGGAAGUGGAGCCACAGUACUCCAGCGUCAGGCGGACUCCAUCUGGGUACGGCCACAGUGAAGACACCGGAAAACGUAACAGCAGCAGACAUCAUCAUCAGCAGGAGGAAGAGGAGGAAGAGGUUGCAGAGGAAGAGGAAGGACAGCAGAUGGAGACGGAGGAGACGGCAGAAACCAGAAAACGUCUGAAUCCGUUUGCUAAAGAAGCGGGAUCGCCUGUACAGCCGUCCCCGACACCCAUUGCUAAAGGAGGACGUGCAAAUCCUUUCAAGGUUGCUGGUGCAGGGAAACCUUCACCUGCAGCUGGUCAGCCUCGAGUGACGAACAUCCUGGACAACAUGACGGCCAGCAGGAAGUCGGCUCCACUCAGCGGCUCUGCAGGGAAAUCGAGCAAAAACCCCGUCCUCAAACCCCUGGCCCCCAGACCCAAAACAAAGACUCAGUCGACUCUGCUUCAGAUGACGAGCUCCAAGACGUCCAAUAAUAAGAAGAGUCAGGCGAAAGCAGAGCCGGCCGCAGAUCAGCAGAAGCAGCCGGACGUCCCGCCUCCAGCAUCACCAGACAACACAGAAAACAAGAGACCGAAGACGGGCUUCCAGCUGUGGUUGGAUGAGAACAGGAAGAGCAUCGUUGCCGACCAGCCUGACCUGCAGGAGACGGACGUCAUCAAGGAAGCCAUGGGACGCUUCAGGACGCUGUCGGCAGAGGAGAGACUGACUGGAGCAGAUGAAAAUAGCGCAAAGAAGAAAAAAUCUUUGGAUCCUUCCUCGAGGCUUUCAGCGUUCGCGUUUAACAAAAACUAAACAUUUAAUAGUUUGAUGGUGAACUAAAUGGUUUAUUGGGACGUAUUCAGUCCUCCACAGGUGUUAAAUCUGCUCUCUGUGCUUUGAUGCACUUAAUUAAAAACAUGUAAAGCUCUUAAAUACCUUUUCUUUUUUUUUUAUAAAGUUGGUGCUGGAUCAGUGACGUUCAUCAAAUCAUCCUUAUAAAGAAAUGUAUUGUUGUGUGUUUGAUGUUACAGUUAACUAGAAAAAACCUUUAAUGUGUUUUAUCAAUUUAAUAAAUGUAAAUGUUUGUUAAUUCAUGUUUUCGUCGUUAUUUUUCAAAAGUCCAUCUCAAUACUUUAUGACUGAGCCUUGUGGUUCCUACUGAAGGUGUAAAUCUUUAAAUUUGG